AGCAUGUAAAACUGCUAGGGCUCCAAUUGGACCACUCCCCAACAGACCCGCCCGACAUCAGUAUCAACUGUAAACUUUAUAAAGCUUGUCAAAACCCUAGCUUCACUAAGCGGCGUCCCGAGCAACCGAGCUUCAACACCAGCAGCGACAAUGGGGAUCGAUCUCGUGGCAGGAGGUAAGAGCAAGAAGACGAAGCGCACAGCGCCCAAGUCCGAUGAUAUCUAUCUCAAGCUUCUCGUCAAGCUGUACCGUUUUCUUGUCCGGAGGACUGGAAGCAAGUUCAAUGCAGUCAUUCUUAAACGUUUGUUCAUGAGCAAAGUCAACAAGGCACCACUUUCUCUAUCGAGGUUGAUUAAGUAUAUGCAAGGAAAGGACAACAAGAUUGCUGUUGUUGUGGGGACCGUCACCGAUGACAUUAGGGUUUAUGAAGUUCCACAAAUGAAGGUUACAGCACUGAGGUUCACUGAGACUGCAAGGGCCAGGAUUGAGAAGGCAGGAGGAGAGUGCUUGACAUUUGAUCAGCUUGCUUUGAGAGCACCAUUGGGUCAGAACGUGGUUCUCCUCAGAGGUCCUAAGAAUUCUCGUGAAGCAGUGAAGCACUUCGGUCCAGCUCCUGGUGUACCACACAGCCACACUAAACCUUACGUGCGGUCCAAGGGAAGGAAGUUUGAGAAGGCUAGAGGAAAGAGGAACAGCAAGGGCUUUAGAGUUUAAGCCGGUUAGGAUUGAAAACGCUGUGUCUGGAAUCCAAUUUUGCUUUGGCUUUAGGUGUUUGGUAUCAUGUUUACUUUUAUUUCACUGUUAAGCUCCAAUUGUCUCUAUUAUUUCAACAUGGUGUUCAGUUCACCAAAAGAGAACAGUGUUUAGUACAUUUGAGGAAUGCAUUAUAUUUCUAA